AUGGAACAAGAAAGAAAAAAAUUAAUUAAAAAAAUUGAUAGAUGUGGUGUUCACGUAAGAAUAGUUCUUAGCUUGGCAGGCAUAUGGCCUUAUGAAAAAUCAGAAAGAAAAUUUAAAUAUUGUCGUUGGUACAUGGUUGUAAUAUUAUUUAUCUUUAAUAUUAUUGGAAUAAUUGGAUUUAUUAUUCAUCAUCGUCAUAAUCUCACUGUAAUGCUGACUGGUUUUGGUAUUGGAUUGAGUCUAUUUUGUGUUGCAUUAAAGGUAAUGUGCUUCAAGUACUAUGGUAAUAAUAUGGUUAUAAUUAACAAGAUGUUAUUAGACAUGACGAAUGAUCAAAUGAAUGUAAAAGAUGAAAUUUGGAAGAUAUUAGUUCAACCAAUGUCAUAUUUUACUGGAGUACUGUAUCCAAAAAUAUCUUGUAGUGGAUUUUCACUGGUUGUUGUAAUGUGGACAAGACCAACACUUGCAAUGCUAAUAUCUUAUUUAAAAGGCAAUAUGACAUAUGCAAGAUUUUAUCCAACUCGUUAUUUUUGGACAGUAACACCUGGUAGUUGGAUAUGGCUUGCACAUUUUUUUGUUGAAUUACUUGCCAGUUGGUUUGUCGUAUCUAUUGGUGUCAUGGGAGACAAUUGGUAUUCUUUUACAAUAUCAAAAAUUUGUGGACAUUUUCGUAUACUUAAUUAUGAAAUUAGAAAUUUACCUUUUGAAGAAUUUACAUUAUCAAAAAUUAAACAUUUUCAUAAAAGACAUCAAGAUUUAAAUGUUCUUGCUGAAUUACUUGGUGAAUUAGCUGGACCAUUUAUAUUUGUCGUUACUUUGUCAACUGCUGUGAUGCUUUGUACAACAAUAUUUCAAAUAAGUCAGAUGGAUGUUAUAACAAUUGGUAAAAUAAGUUGGCCUUUAGUUUACACAUCUUAUAAAUUAGUACAAAUAUUUAUUUAUGCAUGGGGUGGUGAAUUAAUAAAAAUGGAAAGUGAAGCAUUUCGUGAAGCAGUUUAUUCCUCAGCAUGGACAGAUGCAAAAAAUAAACUUGUAUCGCAUUCAAUUAGAAUGAUGAUGUUUCAAAGGCCAAUUGUUUUAACAGCUUGUCAAAUAAAACCAAUAACAGCUGAACUCUUUUCUGGUCUCGUUAAUACAACACUUUCAUAUUUUUUCUUAUUACAAACGAUCAAUGAAAAAUCUUAGGACACGCG